GCGCGCGAGGAGGGAGGAGGGAGGAGGAGGGUCGGGGGCUGCGGUCGAAGAGGAGGCCGUGGCCGAGGCCAGCGGGGCCGGCAGGAGGACGGGACCGGCCGGGACCGCACCAGGCCGGGACGGACGAUCGGGCGCCAUCGGGCCGGCCGGCCUCCUGCCCGGAGAAGGGCGAUGCGGUGGUUCCAGGGCGCCAUUCCGGCCGCCAUUGCGGCGGCCAAGCGGAGCGGCUCGGUGUUCGUCGUGUUCGUGGCAGGUGACGAUGAGCAGUCCGUCCAGAUGGCUGCAAGGUGGGAAGAGGAGAAGGUGGCCGAAGCAUCUGCAGACAGUUUUAUUGCUAUUAAAAUUGAUACCCAAAGUGAAGCAUGUCUCCAAUUCUCCCAAAUCUAUCCUGUCGUCUGUGUGCCAUCCAGUUUCUUUAUAGGAGACAGUGGGAUCCCAUUGGAAGUGAUAGCUGGGAGCGUCACAGCGGAGGAGCUUAUUAGCAGAAUUCACAAAGUCACACGGAUGCACAGACUAAAGAACGAAGCGACAGUUGUGGCUGACGGCCAACUGACAGACUCGAUGUCACCCCCGGCUUCUUCUGACGGACCCACCGGCGUGAAGGAAAACCCACAAGCCCCAUCUGAAGAGCACUGUGAGCCUUCCACAUCUGUCACUAUCAAACAGGAGGCCACAUCUGUCACUAUCAAACAGGAGGCCACAUCUGUCACUAUCAAACAGGAGGUCUCCCUGAGUGGAGACACCUCAGGCUCCGCCAGCCCAUCUCAGGAAGCUCAGGUCCAGUCCCAGGAGAGUGGUAUGGGGCGCCCGCCUGCAGACGACCUCACAGAUAAAGUGGAAAGAAUAACCAAAAAACUCGAAGAAAGACGAGAAGAGAAGAGGAAAGAGGAAGAACAGAAGGAGAUCCAGAAGGAAAUUGAUCGAAGGAAGACAGGGAAAGAAAUGUUAGACUACAAGAGAAAGCAAGAGGAGGAGUUGACCAAGAGACUGUUGGAAGAGAGGAGCCGAGAGAAGGCAGAGGACAAGGCAGCAAGGGAGCGCAUAAAGCGACAGAUUGCAAUGGAUCGUGCCGAGAGAGCAGCUCGCUUCGCCAAGACGAAGGAAGAAGUAGAAGCUGCCAAAGCCGCCGCUCUUCAGGCCCGACAGGCCGAGAUGGAAGCUAAAAAAGAGCCCCCUCCACGGGAGCGAAGCGCUGUCGCGAGGAUUCAGUUCCGCCUUCCCGAUGGGUCUUCCUUCACUAACCAGUUCCCCGCCACGGCGCCUCUCGAAAACGUACGGCAGUUUGCCGCCCAGACGGUGGGCACCAUCUACGGCAACUUCUCACUGGCCACAAUGUUCCCGCGGAGGGAGUUCACUCAGGAGGAUUAUGGAAGGAACCUGUCAGACCUGGAGCUGGCUCCGAGUGCUUCUGUGGUACUGGUGCCGGCCGGGAGGACUGCCGUAGCCACCUCCACAUCCACGGGAGGAGAUCUGUGGGCGUUCCUGGGGACGAUACUCUACCCACUCAUCGCGGUGUGGCGGAUCAUCAGCAACUUCCUCUUUGCCAGUCCUCCCCCAGCCCAGGCCGCAGCCAGACCGGCACCCCAGAUGGCGGCACCCUCAGCCCCUGCCGUGGCCAGCGGCUCAGACCCCAGGGAAGCGGUGCGCAGGCGAGUGCCGGACAAGCACGGAGAGGACUUCAAGAAGGAGGGAAAGGUCUACAGGCUGAGGACGCAGGACGACGGCGAGGAUGAAAACAACACGUGGAAUGGAAAUUCCACCCAGCAAAUGUAGGUUCCCUGCCAGCCGCCUGCCAUAAGCCCCGUGCCUCCUCCUGGUUUAACUCAACUUCACCAGCAGCGCGGCCGCCUGCUGAAACCUGGCGGGGUUGACCCACGGCCGCCUUGGCCUGCUGCCGUGGGAGUCGCCCCUCCCCACUCGGGCCCGACCUCAGCUCACUGCCCUCAAGGGGUUGGCCACGGUUUAGCCAUCGGAGGCAAGCAGCCACGCCUUCCUCCCCCGGCAGCUUACAGUCCUGUGUUUCGCCCCUUCUAGCCCAGCCCCAGACAGACUCCCACCCAAAGCCCUGGGCCUCUGCCCAGCAACAGGGCCUAGUCGACUGGUGGCAACCGCCUCCUCCUUAGCCAAGGCAGAUGGUCAUUUGUUUAACUCUUCCUCUAUCGCCUCUGCAACUGCAAGCAAAAUCUUGUAGUUUUUAAUCAGUUAUUCGGAAACAAAAUAAAAAAACUUUUCCACAACGA